AUGGACAGUUCCGAUAUUACUGAGCUGGAUCUCCAGCGCGAGGUGCAAGCCCUUCGAACGCACCGUCGCCUAUCUGCCAGCCACUUGGCAGUGCUGGAUCCUGACUUGCCGGAUCUGCACAAGCCAGCCGAUGUGUAUACGGAACCUUCGGGUCUUUUUAGCCCUCCCUCUCCUGUGCUAAGUUCUGCGAGCAAUUCGCCUCCUACGACGCCCCCCGAUCAUAACGAUUUCGAUGAACAUAUUUUGAACGAAUGCUCCCCCAUCUUUGGCUCGAUUCAACGCGAUAAGUACCUUGCACGACGGCAAGGCCGAAUAAAAAGAGGACCUGUCGGCUCAUCCCCGCCCCUACCACCGCCCCCAGCGUCGGAGGACGAGUCGCCGGAGCAGCUUUGGGUCCCCGCUUCUCUUCAUCCGGAAGUGAAUCCCAGCAACUUCCGCUCGUUUCUGCGCGAGCAGGCAGAGAAGAAUAUGAGCCAGAAAUAUCCAAGCGAUUUGGGCAUGAAUGCUCCGCCAACGUCGCCGGACAUGUCGUCUCGCUACCUGGCUCGCUCUACGGCUCGAACGCGGCGUGCGAGUUCGUUGCGUCGGCAGUUCCGUGUGGAAGAUUGGGACGAUUCUACGGCCUCAGCGGCCGAGCAAGAGCCGCCACGCAGUAGUCCUUUGGCGCCUGAGCCUACGAGAGGGGACCCUGUAACAUCCAGUGCACGCGGCCCUGUCUCUGCGCCGGCGAACGUCUCGCCGCAGCGGUCAUUGCGUGACGGUCGAUCGCACCGCAAACCUGCGCCUGUGCUUCCGCCCGAGUAUGCUGCCUCGUCUGAGUCGCCCCAUCGGUACAUGGCGCCCGUACCCCACGACUCAGGCCCUCGUCCAGCCCCGCCAGCGAGGUCGACACCAUCACCGACACCAUCGCACGUGUCUCUCUCACGCGGUCCUUCUGAUUCUUCCACUGUGAGCCGCCGUACGUCGCAUCGAUCGGUGCCAUUGCCCCGCCCUGUGACUCCAGAAGAGCGCAAACUUACUCCGGCUGAUUUGCGAACCAUCCUGCCUCAGAAAGGCGAUUUGCCUGAGUUGCCUGCCGAAGCCACUACGCCUCCGCGGACGUCCAAUGAGCACAUUCGACCUCGACGUCCGUUGCCGGACGUGCGCUCUGCGACCAAACGGCCGGAGCAUGCGGAAGGCCCUCGGCCCUUGCCGACGCCGCCAUUGCGGCCAGGCACGCCGCAUGCGACUGUGGGAUGGUCGCCCCCUACACCUACGCCGGUUUCGUAUCCGGGGCCAUCGCCUGCCACACCCCCCCCACCGGCACAUACGUCGCAUGGCCCCCGGCCUCCUACGACUCCAUCGUUCUCGAUGACAGAUACCCCGACAUCCCGAGCGUCCACCGAGUCUGAGCCAGCAACAGCGACGUACGAAGCGUAUACCCCGACACGCAAAUCCGACGAGCCUUCUCGUCCGGCUGUGGGACGAGAUCGAAAAGGGUUUGGGCUGUCUUGGUUUGGCUUAGCGAAAGACGACGAUGAGACGCGACACAAGAAAAAAGAACGGGCGACCGAUGAAGGCAGUUCGUCGCCCCGGCGUGAAAAGGAUACGUUCCUCACCAACAUUUUCAGCAAACGAAAAGGCCUUCAUGACUCGUAUCGAAAUAGAGCGCGCCAAUUUUUCGGCGCGUCCUCCUCGACGCCCGUGCCUGUGGACUACUCUAUGUACGAUCGGUACCCUGUACAAACGGAGCGUGCGCUUUACCGCUUGUCUCAUUUCAAACUGACGAAUCCACGGCGCCCUCUGUACCAGCAAGUGAUUAUUUCCAAUCUCAUGUUUUGGUACCUCUCUGUGAUCAAUUCCGCACAGGCACGACCUGCGUCGUUGCCGCCUGUGAAUGGCAGUCGGAAUGGACCUAGUGAGUACGACGAAGCGAGUAUACGGACCAAGCCAGGCACAGGCCCCGUGGCGACGCAUACAGGCUCGCUCGUUCGCUCCCUGUCGUGGCCGGCCUCUGCCUCCAUGAUGGGAAUGUACACACCUACCACAUCGCAAGGGUGGGUGACUGAUCAUGGAUCGUGGCCCGCCUCAAUGUACACCCCACCUGAUACACCUGUAUCCGAGCCGGCCACGCCUACCAUGCCACGCUCGCGUCGUGGACCAUUGCCCAGUGUCCCUACCACGGCUCGUCCUUCUACUGCGGAGACUGGCCAGAGCACUCUCCCGACCGCGUCUCCACCUCAGCCCACCCCGCCUACGAUGCGGCCGGUGCGCCAUGCACCCGGGGUAGCCGACGCGUCAAUGCCCUUGGCUGCCUAUCCCGCGACGUCGCACAGGUACUGA